GAGGCUCGGUAUUUUAUUUUCUAUUUACUUUCAGUGAGCAUCGCGCGUUUUUCGGUGUUGCUUCAUGCUCAACGACGGAAGUGUUGGACGGAAAGUGCAGAGAGAACCGCGUCUCGUUCUGACGUAGCAAGCAGUGCUAAAAUGUUGUGUGUCGUGUAACCUGUCUCUUUUAAACAACUAGUGUGUGUAUCUGUUCAACAGUGAAUCGGUUUUGUGUAGUUGUAUCACGCAAGGAGUGUCUGUUUAGUGAAACGUCUUAGCAAGUAGUGUUUUUUUACUGAAUAAUUUUCUAAGUUAUCUCGCAAAAACGUCCUGCUAGAAAGAGGCAGUUGCGUCAGCGCCGGGAACGAAAAAUAGAAAGUGAGCCACAUACAGUUGCAAACAGCAAAUUCCCGUUGCAGCAAAGUGGGAUCUCGGUGCGCGUUGAGUAAAUCUCGAGGAUAUCUCUCCACAACAGCAGCAAUUUAAAGCUCAUCCGAGCCGUCGAAAGGCAAAAGUCAUCACCGAGCGAGCAGGCAGCAUUCGCAACGCAAACACAAAGCGUCGUAGAAUAGGCGAACGUGGGUUGAGUGCAGCAAAAACAGACCAGCAACAAAAGCCUCACGAUCAUCACAUCGCAGCAGCAGAGGGUGAACCCAAGCUCACCUUUGAAAUUCCUGCUCAUCGCGUGUUCAUCGCCAUCCCACCUGAACAGAACCCUCCUGGCAUACACACAACCUGCCUCGCCUGGAAUUCGUCUGCAGUACCAUUCGAAGCAAAUAUCUUCGGUCUCUUCAUUCAAGAUUACUAUCUCGGGAUGAUGGCUCCUUCUCCUUCAAAAAGUUCAAAAACACAACAUCCAUCUUUCCUAAUAACAGCUGACUCGGUAGAUACGAGUCCAGUUCCUUCGAGCCCGCCAAGUACAGAUGCGCCAAAAUCCCAAUGUUCCUCACUAUCAGAUGGCGAAUCGUUUGAAUGCUACGGUGAUAACGACAUAUCAAUCUCAGAAGCGGGUGGUGUCGAUCUGGAAUUGGCACCACAUUUAAACUCCACAACGGUUGGUGAAAGCAAUGGCAAUCCGACCAAUCCUACUAAUUCCGGAAUUACCAGACAUUCGUGGAGCCGAACCAGUUUGCGCGGUGCACCUAAAAGCCACAACGACAACCUACCGAACAGACGCUGGGGAUCAAUGAGACACAGUUCUGGCAAACGACAACUAGGAUCCAAUGCCUUAGCAAAUCAUCUUUAUAGAUCGUCGAGCUUUAACUCAUCCGGCAGGAGCUCUAACUGUGAUACGGCCGAAGACAUGUACAGCGAUGUCAGUUUGGAGGACGUACAAGACAUAAACCAUAAGCUGGAAAUACUACAACGGCAAGUCACCAAUCUGGCAGACACCCAGAGCAAUGUCGACGAUCGUACGAGUAGAACCAAAACGGAAUAUGCCGUUCUUCAGGCUCGUUAUCACAUGCUGGAAGAACAGUUGAGAGAGACUGAGCUACGAGCGGAAGAACGAUUGGCCGAAGAACAAAAGCGUCAUCGGGAGCUAUUGGCCCGUGUCGAACGAGAGGCAAAGCUGCAGAAUGAAAACUGCCAGAUCCGGAUACGUACGAUGGAGAUGGAAGUAACUGGCCUGCGCGAGGAGAUUCAGCGAUUGCGUUUGCAAAGUGACAAACAGGCGGCCGAUCUGCAUGCGACCGAAGAGAAGUUAGAGAAAGCCCGCGACUCGUUGAUGAUCUCCCAGCAAGAUCUCGUUGAGGCGAGAGCGGAAGAGAAGAAACAUCGAGCUGAUAAGCAGGCGGCCGAAGAAUUGAUGGUAGAGCUGGACAAAGAGUGUGAACGACUUCGUUCUGAGCGUGGGCCCGCGCUGCCCACGACUUCACCGGAGUCUCUUCGACUUGAGGAACUGCAUCAGGAAAUGGACGAACUGCGCCAGAAAAAUAAGUCCCUGGAAGAAGCGAAUGAAGAACUUCAGGCUAUGAUGCUGACUCGCAGCAUCGAGGAAGGGCGCAAUCUCCUGAACGGCACAUCGAAUAGUUUGGCCCAAGAGCUAGAAGCCAUGAGCCAGAAUCAGGAUACCGUUGAUUCGACCACUUUAGCGUCAUUAACACAGCUACAGGUGGCAUUCCAGGAAAAGGAGGAUGAAAACCGACGACUGAAGCAUUACAUCGACACGAUGCUGUUAAACGUGGUGGAAAACUAUCCUCAGUUGCUAGAAGUGAAGGCCGCUUGAACUGGAUUUGGGAUUUGGGUUCUGUUGGGCCGGUCGGUUCGCUUAUUGUAAAUUACAUUCGCUUUUUUACAAUCAACCGAAUGCAUCACUUUACACACAUGCACACAGUGUAGAACUGAGUGUAUGGUAAAAGGCACAGAAAACAGAAGGCAGAAGUCAGGGUAGAGCGAACGUUCAUGUUUGAGCAACGUCUAGGGAGGGAAAUAGCAAGCAAUAUAAUGUUUUUAUAUAACUGACUACAUUAAGAAUUUACACAAACAAAAUGAACGCCGUAGCUUGUUAGUUUAUAAUUUCUUAGGCAUUGCUAAAACGACGAACGUACAUAAUUCGUUUGUUCGAGUGUAAAGAAACAUUCGCUGUUUAUUUAUCAUAGAAAAAUUCGCGUCAUGAUACUGUCACACAUUGGUAUUGUUCGACAAGAAGUACGUCCCUCCAUAAUGGUUGCUCCAAGUCGCUAGCAUAAAAUUGCACAUCAAAAAUUGCCUUUGCAUUCAAAUCUGUGCAGCUUUGCAUUAAGCACUUACCAAAAUCGUGAUAACUCAACAGUAGCCUUCAACUGUAGACUAUAUGUUUCGAAUCCUUUUGAUGUGAGUGUUGUAAACUAUUGUUAUACGUACAGCAGGGUAGUUCAUGAACGAGCAAACGAGUGGCCAAGAUGAAAGGUUAAAUUUAAAAUUAUAAAAGAAGCAAUGCUUAAAUCAGUUAAUUACCAGGAAGUCGUGUAUAUCAUGUUCGCAUUUUAAAUUAUUCCCACAAAAUGUUGGUUUAGCUGUGGCAAGUUUUUCGGUUGGGUUUUUUUUUGUUAUCUUACAUGACUGCUCGUUUACGGUAGCAACGAACAAUGAUGCAUGGUUAGAAAGGCUCACAAAAGGGUUAGACAGUUUUUGAUAAAAUUCUUUUAAGUAGCAUCCCAACAACCGUGUGUUGAUGUAUCCAUAAUACAGAUAACAAUUGUGUCAGGGAGUAAGUUCAGUUUAAAAGCGUAUUAACAAAACAUAUUCGGAAGGUACUAUUUACAGCGAAUAACUAGUUGCGACUAUUUCGUGAGCAAGUUAUUGUUAUUGCGGUGCAAAUGUUGCACUGCGAAGUGAUUUGUGAAGCAAAUGAAUGAUUGAUGAGAAGCAGAUAGCAAGGGUAUAAUUGGCGUAUCUAAAGAGCAAUUAACGAAGUGAAGAAAGGUGGGGAAGGAAGCGUUUUCGAUGCGAUCGAUGUGCAAGACGUUAGGGAGCGAUCUAAGAAGCACUCUCUUUUAACAGCAUGGAUGCCAAAAUAGCGUUCUACUAAAACAAAACCCAACUGUAUUACUACUUAGAAGCAGAAAUAAAAAUACUUACAACAUACAUAGAAA